ACCUGCAGCAGCAGCGCAGCCGCGUCUGAAGCGUCUGCAACAAAAGAAGCAACAGAACAAAGACAAAUCACCCAAAUCUGUUCGUUUCUCACCGGAAACAAAAAGACUGAAACAUGAUGGAGAAGUCAAACAGCCAGUACGACUCCUUCCUCUUCUGGAGGCAGCCAAUCCCGGCCCUCGACCUGUCUGAGCUGGAGGACCUGGGUUUGACUCAGCCGGCCAAUAGCGUCAAAGGAAAAGACAAGUCUUCAUCACUGAGGGAUCAGGACGAGGAGGCUGGUCUUUCUGAGUUUUCCUCCUUUAACUAUUGGAGAGCUCCCAUCGCCAACGUGGACGCUUUGCUGGCCGACCUCAACCUGCUGCUCUGAAACCCUCCAUCACCUGACCCCAGAUCAGCGUCACCUGACCCCAGAUCAGCGUCACCUGACCCCAGAUCAGCCUCACCUGACCCCAGAUCAGCCUCAUGUGACCUCUGACCCCUGAUCUGUCUCCGCAGGCCUCUCCUCAUGUCCUUCACACUAAAACAGGUUCCUCCAAUAGACAGGCCAGAGGUCUGCUGAGACUGAUCCUGGGUCAGAUUUAACACAGCUCUGUAUUCACGCUCUGAUCCUGAAUCAGUUUUCCUGAAAUCACACAGACUCAUCUGUUUGAACAUGAGCUUUUAUUUGAGAUGAAGCAGUUUCUGUGUCGGUAUCACGCUGUGAGUCCAGCCUCACUGAAGACCAGCUCGCUCAGUGACCCAGUUCACCAGGAGACACGACUUCGACCAGGAAACACAGAAAGACGGAUGUUCAGACAGAAACGUGUGUGUGCUGCCGUACGUCACCUUCUGUGGGAACAGAAAGAGGAAGUUUGUUAAAGCACCAAACUGUUUGUCUGUUUGUUUGAAAGAGGAAGUACUCAGUAAUCCAAGUGAUCUGAUUGGUUGGUAGCUUCCGCCCUGGUUAAAGUGACCCAGCUCCAUGAUAAACCCACUGAUCUCACAGUGUGAUACAGAUCCCAGAUCAGCUGUCCAUUCAGAGAUAAAUACAUCUUAAUGAGACCUGGUUCCACACCUGGUUCCACAGCGUUCACACUGAAACCAGACUCUGAUUUGAACUGAUUUGAACUCCUGCAUGUGAACAAAAUGUUAGAAACACUGUCGAUCCAAUCACUGAACGCUGAUCAGUAUUUCUGAGAAAUGUGACUUUUGACUGAAAUGUUUUUGUGUCAGAUUUAUUUAUUGUAUAAUUUAUUUAAAGGAGGAGGCGGUGAUGUGUUCGAAGCCCUGAGACUAAAGUUUUUAUCUGUUUCCAUUUGUGCCUUUUUGUUCUUCCGUCCUGAGCUGCUUCGUCACACUCGAUGUCGUCUUUUUCUUUCUCACGCUGUUUUACUGAGCGGGCCUCAAACUGGAGCCGCAGGAGGAAGCUACAGCUCACACCGUCCCGUCAGGACGUCCUGUUCACCUGCCAACAAUUAAA